AUGAAGUUCUUGGUGGUACUCAUUGUUGUGGUAGCCGCAGUGUAUGGCGAAGAUGAUAAAAAAGUUGUUAAACGUGGUUUAUUAGGAUUAGGUGAUGCAGGAUUAUAUGGACAUGGAUUGAGCCACGGUGGAUUAUCUGGCGGUGCUUUGGUAGGACAUGGACUUGGUUUGGGAGGAGGUCUAUCAAGUUUAGGUGGAAGCAUUGCUCAACCUGUACCAGUUCCAGUAGAAAGAACUGUCCAUGUUCCUUACAAUGUACCUGUACCAUACCCAGUGGACAAACCAUAUGCCGUCCAUGUGCCUAAACCAUACCCAGUCCCUGUUGUCAAGAACGUUCCGGUUCAAGUGGACAGCCCUUACCCCGUGCAAGUGCCAGUUCCAGUGAAAGUUCCAGUUGUUCACAAAGUAGCUGUUCCUGUUCCAGCACUUAUCCAGUCCAGUUCACAAAGCUAUUCCAGUUCCAGUGCAUACACCAGUUUUAGUUAA